ACCGCUUAAAAGUAUAUAAACAAGAUUGCAAAUAUUUUUGGAUAAAAUGACAAAAUCUUUUACGUUUUGGUUUAAUAAAAUUAAAGUUUCUUUAGACAACGGAAACAAAAAUGAAUUUUUUUCAAAGUUUAGCAAUCAACAGACCGAUUUUGAUCGUGUGUCUUUAUUAUUAAAUCAGCCCCAAAUAAAAGAUUUUGUAAUUUUAAAAUCAUUUAAUCCAAAAUGUAAAAUAUCCAGUGAAUGUGCUAGAAAUUUGGGUAAUCGGCAAUAUGGGAAUUAUCAACUUCUGGAUGCAUUGCGUAGUUAUUCUGUUAGUAUAUCAUUAGCAGAAUAUAACUCAAAAGAACUUGCAUUAGCUUAUGGCAAUCGUUCCGCAGUUUUAUUUGAAACUAAGGAAUAUAACAUUUGUAAAGCAGAUAUCAAUGCUGCUUUAAUGAGUAAAUUUCCUUGUGAGAAAAAGUACAAGCUUUAUGAAAGACUCGGUAAAUGCUACAUUAAACUUUUAUUUUAUGAUAAAGCUGUCGAUGCUCUUAAUUUGUGCAUUCAAUUUACUAGAUCAAGUGAUUUAUCAGAUUGUCAAAAAAAUGAUAAAUUAAAAUCAAUAAAUGAGUUAAUUAAAAAUUGUCAAAUUUUUGAAUUAUCAAAAUGUCAAAGUUUCUCUCCACUGAGUUGUCAAAACCUUUUAUAUGUUGCAACACCUCCAGUGUUAUUGAAAAAAAAUGUUCUGCAUCCAAGCGCAUCCGACUCACUUGAAAUUGUCAGCUCUAGUAGCCAAGGUCGACAUGCCAUUGCUACUAAAGAUAUAUCUGCGGGUGAAAUAGUUAUUGUAGAAAAACCAUAUGCAUCUUUAUGCUCAACAGAGUCCUACGAAACACAUUGUUAUCAUUGUCUAAGUAAUUUUAUUUUUAGCUACCCAUGUAGGCUUUGCACACUUGUGAAUUAUUGUUCAAUUUCUUGUGAAGAAGAGUCUUGGAAAAGCUUUCACCGUUUUGAAUGCGAAUAUUCAAAUAUUCUUGAAAAUGAUGAUAUUGGUGUUGCACAUUUGGCAAUGAAAAUAAUUACUACUGUUGGUCUUAAAGAUUUGCUAUUAUUUCAAAAUACUAACUCAUCUGUGGUAUCGCUUGAAGAUGUUUUCUCUUCUGCUGUAUCAUUUGAAGAUGAUGUCUCCUCUAUUAAAGUUAUGGCGCAAAACUCUGCAAUUUAUAAUUUAAUUUAUAACUUAGAAGGAAACAGCAAACUUCGUAAACAAGAUGAUAUAUUUAGAAGAGCAUUGCUUUCAAUAUAUAUUGGCAAAAUAUUAUAUUCAACUAAUUUUUGUCCUCAAGAAAACCUGAUCAUUGUUUGUGCUCAUUUGCUUAAACAUGUGCAAAUGCUUGCUUGCAAUGCAUUUACAAUUUCUGAAAUGGUAGUUUCAAAGCAAGGGUUCAGCUAUAUUGAAGACAUUGUUGAUAAAGAAAUUGGAUCUGGUGUUUAUGAAACAACAUCUUUGUUAAAUCAUUCAUGUUGUCCAUCAGUUUGUAGAGACUUUUGCGGUGAUAUUGUUGUUGUACGUGCUAUAAAAUAUAUUAAUAAAGGUGAAGAAAUUUCAAUUCAAUAUGGUUAUAACUACUUAUCUUAUCCGAAAGGUUAUCGACAAAAAGAGUUGUUAGAGAGAUACUUCUUUAAAUGCCAAUGUCAGGCUUGUUCUUAUAAUUGGCCCUUACUUACUAAAAGACACCCUUUAUAUACAAAGAUUCCAAAGUUCAGAUGUUUAAAAUGUUUAAAGGGUUAUCAUGCUAAUAGUAAAUGUUGUGUUGUUGAUGAUGAGAUGGCUAAUUUACCUUUAUUACGUAAAAAAUAUAUUUCUGCUUGUAUAGAUGUGGAAAAAAAUGGAAAUGCUGAAAUCAAUCUUCCUGUGUUAUUAGAAUAUCUUAAUUUACUCUCUCGUAAAGCAGUUUUACCAUCCGAUGAAUUUGCUAUGUGCCAAGAGACAGUCAAGCUUUGUUUUUCUUUGCUAUGUAACUGUGCUAAUUUUAAAACAUUAAGUUAAACCUUAUACCUGAUUGGUUUUGUUAACUUGCUUUUAACUUGGAUAUAUAGUUCACAGAACUAUAUAUCCAACAGAAUGUCAAUAAAUAACUUAGUUUUUAA